CACCAAACUAGGGACCAAAAUAACUCUGACUCUGUUUCCCUACUCUCCCAGCAGACAACAUCCCCUUAAGUGAGGCGCUAUCAUUCCAACCUGAAUCACUUAAAGUGUUCCUAAUUGCAGGCCUCUGGUGAACUGUAACCACCAUGUGACAAGCCGACCCGACCGAGCCACCUGUACACCGAAGUUGAGCCUGGUCACAGCUCAGGAGGCCCUAGAAGCUCCUGGAGCAAGCAUGAAAACUGGCCGGUCACUGCUGUUUUGAAAGACCCAAACAUCUUCGAACAGGUUUGCAUGUGGGUAGCUCUUAGAAUACCUUGACCUGCUCACGAGGAAAUACUCCUUUCCUGGGUUUCCUGAUUCCCCACUCAGCCAUGAGCCAACCAGACUUUGCUGAUGACCCAGAUCCCAGCCCUGAGCCCCUGUGCAUGGUGUGUGGACAAAACCACUCCCCAGAGGAGAACCACUUCUACACAUACACGGAAGAUGUAGAUGAUGACCUCAUAUGCCACAUCUGCCUACAAGCAUUGCUGGACCCUCUGGACACCCCAUGCGGGCAUACCUACUGCACCCUGUGUCUCACGAACUUUCUGGUGGAGAAAGACUUCUGCCCUGUGGAUCGCAAGCCUGUGGUUCUGCAGCACUGCAAGAAAUCCAGCAUCCUGGUCAACAAGCUUCUCAAUAAGCUGCUGGUCACCUGCCCUUUCAUGGAGCACUGCACUGAGGUGCUGCAGCGCUGUGAUCUCCAGCAUCACUUCCAGACAAGCUGCAAAGGUGCCUCCCACUAUGGCCUGACCAAGGACAGGAAAAGGCGCUCCCAAGAUGGCUGUCCCGAUGGCUGUGCUAGCCUCACAGCGACAACACUCUCCCCAGAGGUCUCUGCAGCUGCCACCAUCUCUUUAAUGACCGAUGAGCCUGGCCUGGACAACCCUGCCUACAUGUCCUCGGUGGAGGACGGUGAGCCAGUGACCAACUCCUCAGACUCUGGCCGAAGCAACCGAGCUAAGGCACGGCCCUUUGAGCGCUCCACUAUGCGAAGCCGAUCCUUCAAAAAGAUCAACAGAGCCCUGAGUGUUCUCCGGAGGACGAAGAGUGGGAUUGCCGUUGUCAACCACGCUGACCAGGGCAGGGAAAACUCUGAGAACGCCACUGUCCCCGAAGUCUUCCCAAGGUUGCACCACCUGAUUCCAGAUGGCGAAAUCACAAGCGUCAAGAUCAACCGAGCGGAUCCCAGCGAAAGCCUCUCCAUUAGGCUGGUGGGAGGCAGCGAAACACCUCUGGUCCACAUCAUCAUCCAGCACAUUUAUCGGGAUGGAGUGAUUGCCAGAGAUGGGCGGCUGCUCCCAGGAGACAUCAUCCUCAAGGUCAAUGGAAUGGACAUCAGCAACGUCCCUCAUAGCUAUGCCGUGAGGCUCUUGCGGCAGCCCUGCCAGGUGCUGCGGCUCACGGUGCUGCGGGAGCAGAAGUUCCGAGGCAGAAGCAACGGACAAGCACUGGACUCCUAUGGGCCGCGGGACGACAGCUUCCAUGUAAUUCUCAACAAGAGCAGCCCCGAGGAGCAGCUGGGCAUAAAGCUGGUGCGCAGGGUGGACGAACCCGGGGUGUUCAUCUUCAACGUGCUGAAUGGCGGCGUCGCCCACCGACACGGCCAGCUGGAGGAGAAUGACCGUGUGCUGGCUAUCAAUGGGCACGACCUUCGCUUUGGCAGCCCAGAGAGUGCGGCUCAUCUGAUUCAGGCCAGCGAAAGACGUGUCCACCUUGUCGUGUCCCGCCAGGUUCGACAGCCCAGCCUGGACAUCUUUCAAGAAGCUGGCUGGAUCAGCAAUGGCCAGCAGUCCCCAGGCACAGGGGAGAGGAACAUGGUUUUUAAGCCCCUCCAUCCUGCAGCCACUUGUCAUGAGAAGGUUGUAAGUGUCCGAAAAGACCCCAGCGAAUCUCUCGGCAUGACCGUUGGAGGGGGAGCAUCACACAGGGACUGGGACUUGCCUAUCUAUGUCAUCAGUGUUGAGCCCGGAGGAGUCAUAAGCAGAGAUGGAAGAAUAAAAACAGGUGACAUUUUAUUGAAUGUGAAUGGCAUUGAGCUCACAGAGGUCAGCCGGACAGAGGCUGUUGCCAUCUUGAAGAGCACAUCCUCCUCAGUGGUCCUCAAAGCCUUGGAAGUCAAGGAACAGGAGACCCAGGGAGACUGCAGCCCAGCAUCCCUGGACUCCAACCACAACGUGACCCCGCCCGGUGACUGGUCCCCAUCCUGGGUCAUGUGGCUGGAAUUACCACAGUAUUUAUGUAACUGUAAAGACGUGAUAUUACGAAGAAACACAGCUGGAAGUCUGGGCUUCUGCAUCGUAGGAGGUUAUGAAGAAUACAGUGGUAACAAGCCCUUUUUUAUCAAAUCCAUCGUUGAAGGAACACCAGCAUAUAACGAUGGAAGAAUUAGAUGUGGUGACAUUCUUCUCGCUGUCAACGGUAGAAGUACAUCAGGCAUGGUACACGCUUGCUUGGCAAGGAUGCUCAAAGAACUUAAAGGGAGAAUUACUCUCACUCUUGCUUCUUGGCCUGGUACUUUUUUAUAAAGUCAGUGACGUAUCUUAGAAAAAUCACUGAUAGACUAGGUAAAAUUGUAUUUAUGUUGUCAAUUUUUAUAUGUAAAGAAUAUAUUGUAAAAAAUGCCAGAAAAAGUAUGAUAUUAUGAAAGCAAGUUAUACUUCAGAGAUGUUCACAAAAAUAAAAACUUAUAGUUUUUAUUUGGUGUGGAGGAUUUCUUGUCACUCCAAAUGUUUAUAUUUUUUUAUUCAAUA